AUGGGAAGAAAGAAGAGAGUUCACGCUGGUAAUGAGAAUUCUGGUGAUUUAAAAACCCCUCGAACAUUUGUUUUACAAAAUGGUAAGAUAGGCAGCAGUGGUCUUAGGUUAAUGAAAGAUUUAAGAAUGGUCAUGGAGCCCUACACCGCUAGGCGAUUGAAGGUUCAACAUAAGAAUUCAUUAAAAGAUUUCAUUCAUGCUGCAGGUCCGCUUGGAGUGACUCAUUUCUUAAUCAUAUCUAGGACUGAUAAGGGUACUUACUUGAAAAUCGCUAAAUUACCGCAAGGACCAACGAUCACUUUUCGUGUGGAUUCGUUGGUAUUGAGUGGAUUUAAACCAGACAAUUUAUCGCAUACCCUGACUGUAACUAUGUUUCAGAAUAUGUUUUCUUCUAUAAAUGUGGAAAAGCUAGGACCUCGAAUGACUUUUAAUCUAAUUAAGAUUGAAGAGGGGGUGUGCACUGGGAACGUCUUGUAUCACCAAUAUGUUACGAAAACCAAAUUUGAAAUUGAUGCAAUAAAAUCGAAAUUGGAAGGGAAAAAGAAAUUGAAACUUGAGCGACGUAACCAGCAGGAACAGAACCUAUUAAAUAAAAAGUUGAAAAAGGAAGCUCACCGUGCGAGAUCUUUAGCAGGAAUGAAAGGUCUUAAGAAUAUGGACAACUCGGUGGAGGAUAAUCUUGCAAGCGAGAAACUGCCGGCAACAGUACUUUCCUGGGACUCUAUUGCAUCUAUUCAAGAUUUAGCUCCAGAUACUGACGAUAAUAUAAAAGCGGCUGCUCCGAAAAAAAGAAAGACAAAAGCAGCUAUUCAGGCGUUCUUUUCUAAGAGACACAAAAGAAUGCGAGACCGUUCUGUGUGA